CCUGGCCGCUCAGCCCUCUGGGUAAGAGAGUCCAGAAAUUACUGUCGCGCGUGCAUUAAGUCCCUAGAAAACUACAUUUCCCAGCAUGCAACAGGGCCAACUUCCUCGUGGACACUACAUUUCCCAGAAGGCAAGUCUGCACCGCAGUGUUUACUGGGAUGGGAACCACGCCGCUUCCCAGCCUCCGUGCUGAGUGAAGCGCGGACCUUUCAACAAGAGCUUUAUUAAUUCUCACGCUAGGACCGUGGAAGGCGAUGGAGGUGGCGGCUAAUUGCUCCUUGCGGGUGAAGAGACCUUUGCUGGAUCCCCGCUUUGAGGGUUACAAGCUCUCCCUCGAGCCGCUGCCCUGUUACCAGCUGGAGCUUGACGCAGAUGUGGCAGAAGUAAAACUUCGAGAUGAUCAAUACACACUGGAACACAUGCAUGCUUUUGGAAUGUACAAUUACUUACACUGUGAUUCAUGGUAUCAGGACAGUGUCUACUACAUUGAUAACCUUGGAAGAAUUAUGAAUUUAACAGUGAUGCUGGACACUGCUUUAGGAAAACCACGAGAGGUAUUUCGACUUCCCACAGAUUUGACAGCAUGUGACAAUCGUCUUUGUGCAUCUAUUCAUUUCACAUCUUCUACCUGGGUUACCUUGUCAGAUGGAACUGGAAGAUUGUAUGUCAUUGGAACAGGGGAACGUGGAAAUAGUGCUUCUGAAAAAUGGGAGAUAAUGUUUAAUGAAGAACUUGGAAAUCCUUUUAUUAUAAUUCACAGUAUCUCUUUGCUAAAAGCGGAAGAACAUUCGAUAGCUACCCUACUUCUUCGAAUAGAGAAAGAGGAAUUGGAUAUGAAAGGAAGUGGUUUUUAUGUUUCUUUGGAGUGGGUCACUGUCAGUAAGAAGAAUAAAGAUAAUAAAAAAUAUGAAAUUGUUAAGCAUGAUAUUCUCCGUGGAAAGUCAGUGCCACAUUAUGCUGCCAUUGAGCCCGAUGGAAAUGGUCUAAUGAUUGUCUCCUAUAAGUCCUUCAGAUUUGUUCAGGUUGGUCAAGAUCUUGAAGAAAAUAUGGAUGAAGAAAUGUCAGAGAAAAUCAAAGAGCCUCUGUAUUACUGGCAACAGACUGAAGAUGAUUUGACAGUAACAAUACGGCUUCCAGAAGACAGUACUAAAGAAGACAUUCAAGUGCAGUUUUUGCCUGAUCACAUCAACAUUGUGCUCAAGGAUCACCAGUUUUUGGAAGGAAAGCUCUAUUCAUCUAUAGAUCACGAAAGCAGUAUAUGGAUAAUAAAAGAGAAUAAUAGCUUGGAGAUUUCUUUGAUUAAGAAGAAUGAAGGACUGCCAUGGCCAGAGCUGGUAGUUGGUGAUAAACAAGGAGAACUUAUAAGAGACUCAGCCCAAUGUGCUGCAAUAGCUGAACGUUUGAUGCAUUUAACCUCUGAAGAACUGAAUCCAAAUCCAGAUAAAGAAAAACCUCCUUGUAAUGCACAGGAGUUAGAAGAAUGUGAUGUUUUCUUUGAAGAGAGCUCCAGUUUAUGCAGAUUUGAUGGCAGUACCCUAAAAACUACUCAUGUGGUGAAUCUCGGAAGCAACCAGUACCUUUUCUCUGUCAUAGUGGAUCCUAAAGAAAUGCCCUGCUUCUGCUUGCGCCAUGAUGUUGACGCCCUACUCUGGCAACCACACUCCAGCAAGCAGGAUGAUAAGUGGGAACACAUCGCAACUUUCAAUGCAUUAGGCUACGUCCAAGCAUCAAAGAGAGACAAAAAAUUUUUUGCCUGUGCUCCAAAUUACUCCUAUGCAGCCCUUUGUGAGUGCCUUCGUCGUGUCUUCAUCUAUCGUCAACCUACUCCCAUGUCCACUGUACUUUACAACAGAAAGGAAGGCAGACAAGUGGGGCAGGUUGCUAAGCAGCAAGUAGCAAGCCUAGAAACCAAUGAUCCUAUUUUAGGCUUUCAGGCAACAAAUGAAAGAUUAUUUGUUCUCACUACGAAAAACCUCUUUUUGAUUAAAGUAAAUACAGAGAAUUAAUUACUCCAACUUGUUGGUUUCUCCGUACUGCAGAAGUACUCAGUGGUAGCUGAAGGGUUGGGCAGUUAUACUGUAACCUGUUUAAGUUUUAAAUAAAAAUAUCUUCUAUGAAUUUUUUUAUUUUUCAAAGGAUACUGGAAAUUUAUUCAAAGGUUUAUGAUUCUGUAAAAGCUAUGGAAUGAAGUUGCAGAUUUAGAGAACAUUGGCUUCUGUAAAAAAUGUAAAGAUAAUAUUAGCAAAUAUAAUUAUUUUUUAAAAAAACAGGCUAAAAUUUCAUCUUUUAUAUGAAAGAUGUACAAUUCAGUGUUUAAAAAUAAAAAUAUUUAUCAUGUA